CCAGCGGCCGUGGUCGGAACAUAACAUGCUGGAGAGUGCGUCUGUCUUCUAUUACUUAACUUUUCAAUCCCUUUUUGUUGCCUUAUCGCACUUUGCGGAGAGGGGCCGGGUGAGGAAAGGCGUUAAAGAGUCAGUCAUGCUAUAAAGUUAGCGUGAAAGCCGGGCGUUGAAUCUUUUUCAUUCGGAGAAGGAGAAGGAAAAAGGGAGAAAGAAGCCUGGAGGAGUGAGAGAAAAGCGGGGUACCAAGAUGCAUCUGGUCGCAGUGUUGUGCGGAGCCCUGGCAACUUUGUUGCUCAGUCAGACAGGUGUUAAAGGCAGCACUGAGUGUUCAUGUGGGAGGAAUCACUUCACAUGUGCAGUUAGUGCAUUCGGGGAGUGUACCUGCAUCCCAGCCCAGUGGCAGUGUGAUGGAGACAACGACUGCGGUGACCACAGCGACGAAGACGGAUGCAUGCUCCCCACAUGUUCUCCACUGGAUUUCCACUGUGACAACGGUAAAUGCAUCCGCCGUUCCUGGGUGUGUGAUGGAGACAACGACUGUGAGGAUGACUCAGACGAACAGGACUGUCCUCCCAGAGAGUGUGAGGAAGAUGAGUUUCACUGCCAGAAUGGAUACUGCAUCCGCAGCCUGUGGCACUGUGAUGGUGACAACGAUUGUGGGGACAACAGUGAUGAACAGUGUGACAUGCGUAAGUGUUCGGACAAGGAGUUCCGCUGCACUGACGGCAGCUGCAUCGCCGAACACUGGUACUGUGAUGGAGAUACAGACUGUAAGGACGGAUCAGACGAGGAAAACUGCCCCUCAGAUGUGAUGACAGCUACCUGCAGCGUGGAGGAGUUCCAGUGUGCGUAUGGACGAUGUAUUCUGGAUAUCUACCACUGUGACGGAGAUGACGACUGUGGAGACUGGUCAGAUGAGUCCGACUGUUCCUCACAUCAGCCCUGCAGAUCAGUUGAAUUUAUGUGCAACAGUGGGAUGUGUAUCAACGCUGGCUGGAGGUGUGACGGCGAGUACGACUGUGACGACCAGUCAGAUGAGAAGAACUGCACCACAUCCAUGUGCACGGCCGACCAAUUCCGCUGUGGAACAGGACGCUGCAUCAGACUGUCAUGGAGAUGUGAUGGUGAGGACGACUGUUCUGAUCGCACCGAUGAGGAGGGCUGUGAGAAAACAGAAAAUCCUCCGUGUGCUCCUGAUCAAUUCCAGUGUGGGAAUGGGCGCUGUAUUGGUCAGAGGAAAGUGUGUAACGAAGUGAAUGACUGUGGAGAUGGGACUGAUGAACACCCGCACCACGACUGCCGCCCGCGCUCCACUGAGGGCAACUGUAACCAGAAUAAUGGAGGCUGCUCCCAGAAGUGUCAGAUGGUGCGAGGACUGGUCCAGUGCACCUGUCACACUGGAUACCGACUGAUGGACGAUGGCAAGGCGUGCCAAGAUGUGGACGAGUGCGCUGAGGAAGGCUACUGUAGCCAGGGCUGCACAAACACAGAGGGGGGGUUCCAGUGCUGGUGUGUACAGGGCUACGAGCUCCGACCUGACAAGCGCAGCUGCAAAGCUCUUGGUCCAGAGCCGGUUCUGCUCUUCGCCAACCGCAUUGACAUUCGUCAGGUUUUGCCGCAUCGUUCAGAAUACACCCUUCUACUAAACAACCUGGAGAACGCCAUUGCCUUGGACUUCCAUCACAGACAUGAGCUGGUAUUUUGGUCCGAUGUGACUCUGGACCGCAUUAUGAGGGCCAACCUCAACGGCUCUAAUGUAGAGGAGGUGGUCUCCACGGGUCUGGAGAGCCCAGGUGGACUGGCUAUUGACUGGAUACAUGAUAAAUUAUACUGGACCGACUCGGGAACGUCUCGUAUCGAAGUCGCCAACCUUGAUGGUUCGCAACGCAAAGUGCUGCUGUGGCAGAACCUGGAGAAACCAAGGGCCAUUGCCCUGCACCCCAUAGAGGGUAAAAUUUACUGGACAGACUGGGGCAACACGCCUCGCAUCGAGUACGCCAACAUGGACGGCUCCAACCGCCGGGUCAUCGCAGACACACACUUGUUCUGGCCUAAUGGCCUCACAAUUGACUACGCCAGCCGCCGCAUGUACUGGGUGGAUGCCAAACAUCAUGUCAUUGAGAAGGCCGACCUGGAUGGACGCAACCGCAAGGCUGUCAUUAGCCAAGGCCUCCCUCACCCAUUUGCCAUCACAGUGUUUGAGGACAGCCUCUACUGGACUGACUGGCACACCAAGAGCAUCAACAGCGCCAACAAAUUUACCGGCAAGAACCAGGCAAUUAUUCGCAACAAGCUUCACUUUCCUAUGGACAUCCACACUCUGCAUCCUCAGAGGCAGCCCACUGGAGGAAGGAACCGCUGUGGCAGCAACAACGGAGGCUGCAGCCACCUGUGUCUCCCCAGCAACAAGACGUACACCUGUGCCUGUCCCACUGGCUUCAAGAAGGUGGACCAACACAACUGUGCCACCGGUCUUGAUAAGUUCCUGCUUUUUGCCCGAAGGACGGACAUCCGACGAGUCAGCUUCGACACAGAGGAGAUGUCUGACGACGUCAUCCCUCUGGCUGACGUUCGCAACGCUGUGGCACUAGACUGGGACGCCAAAGAUGGCUACAUCUACUGGACUGACGUCACCACUGACUCUAUCAACAGAGCCCUGUGGAACGGCACUAGGCAAGAGGUGGUUGUGGACACCAGUCUGGAGAGCCCUGCAGGUCUGGCUAUUGACUGGGUGACCAACAAGCUGUACUGGACUGAUGCUGGAACAGACCGUAUUGAGGUUUCCAAUGCAGAUGGGAGCAUGCGGACCGUUCUGAUAUGGGAGAACCUGGACCGACCCAGGGACAUUGUUGUGGACCCGAUUGGAGGCUUCAUGUAUUGGACUGACUGGGGAGCCAACCCAAAGAUCGAGCGAGCAGAAAUGGACGCCUCAAAUCGAAUUGUCAUCAUCUCAUCUAAUCUGACGUGGCCCAACGGGCUCGCAAUUGACUACGAGACUAAACGCCUAUACUGGGCUGAUGCCGGCAUGAAGACUAUUGAAUUUGGCAACUUUGAUGGCUCUGACCGACAGGUUUUGAUUGGCAGCCAGCUGCCUCACCCUUUUGGCUUGACUGUACAUGAGGACAAGUUGUACUGGACAGACUGGCAGUCCAAAAGCAUCCAGAGUGCUGACAAGCUCACCGGGUUAGGGCGACACACGCUGGCUGAGAACCUGGAGAACCUGAUGGACAUUCACAUGUUCCACAGACACCGUGAGACAGUGCCUAACCCCUGUGCAGUGAAUAACGGAGGCUGCAGUCACCUCUGUCUCCUGGCUCCGGCUCCGAAAGCCUCGAGCUGUUCCUGUCCCACCGGGAUCAACCUGCAAUCGGACGGAAAGACCUGCAUGCCAGGAAUGAACAGCUUCCUGAUUUUUGCGCGGAGGACGGACAUCAGGAUGGUUUCUCUGGACAUACCGUACUUUGCUGAUGUGGUUUUGGCUGUUAACACCUCCAUGAAAAACACUAUUGCUAUUGGUGUUGACCCCAGAGAAGUGAAAGUGUACUGGUCAGACAGCACAUUAAAGAAAAUCAGCCGAGCUAACAUCGACGGAUCGGAACACGAAGACAUCAUAUCUACAGGGUUGGUGACGACUGACGGCUUGGCAGUUGAUGCUCGGGGCAGAAAAAUCUACUGGACUGACACUGGAACAAAUCGCAUUGAGGUUGCCAACCUUGAUGGCUCCAUGAGGAAAGUUCUGAUUUGGCAAAACCUAGACAGUCCCCGAGCCAUCGCUUUGUACCAUGAGAUGGGCUACAUGUACUGGACAGACUGGGGGGAGCACGCUAAGCUGGAACGUUCUGCCAUGGAUGGGUCAGAUCGCAUGGUCCUCAUCAGCAAUAAUCUAGGGUGGCCCAACGGCCUGGCCAUUGACAUGGCAGGUUCACAGUUACUGUGGGCUGAUGCUCACACAGAGCGUAUCGAGGCCUCUGACCUGAAUGGACAGAAUCGACACACCCUUGUGACUCCGGUCCAGCACCCUUAUGGUUUAACCCUGCUUGGCUCCUACAUCUACUGGACUGACUGGCAAAGCCGAAGCAUCCAGCGAGCUGACAAGAACACCGGUGCCAACACUAUCACGGUUCAAGCCAACCUGCCAGGCCUGAUGGACAUUCAGGCUGUGGACAGAGAGAAGCCACUGGGUUUCAACAAAUGUGGCAAAAGGAACGGAGGCUGCACCCACCUAUGCCUUCCUCGUCCCAACGGCACUUCCUGUGCCUGUCCAACUGGCAUCUUGCUCAAAGGAGACGGCAAGUCAUGUGAUGACUCUCCAGAGACAUUCUUGGUUUUCUCCAACCGUGUUAGUGUGCGCAGGAUCUCCCUGGACACCAACGACCACACCGACGUCCACGUUCCUGUGCCUGAUCUACACAAUGUCAUCUCCCUGGAUUACGAUAGUGUGGAUGCGAAACUUUAUUACACCGAUGUCACCUUAGAUGUUAUAAGACAUGCAAACUUAGAUGGCAGUAACAUGGAGACGGUGAUCAGCAACGGCCUGAAGACCACUGAUGGACUGGCCGUGGACUGGGUGGCCAGAAACAUGUACUGGACAGACACUGGACGUAACACCAUCGAGGUGGCCCGCCUGGACGGAACGGGCCGCAAAGUCCUCAUCAACAACAGUUUGGAUGAACCAAGAGCCAUCGCAGUGUUUCCCAGCAAAGGGUUCCUGUUCUGGACUGAUUGGGGUCACAUUGCAAAGAUCGAACGUUCUCACCUGGACGGCUCUGAAAGAAAAGUCCUGAUCAACACUGACCUGGGCUGGCCCAAUGGACUCACACUGGACUACGACAUACGCAGAAUCUUCUGGGUUGAUGCCCACCUGGACAGGAUCGAGAGUUCAGAUCUAAAUGGGAAACUGCGUCAGGUCCUCGUCAGUCCGGUGUCCCAUCCAUUCGCUCUCACACAGUUGAAGCCGGUCUCCUCCCCUCUAACUCCUUUCUCCCGACUCUCGCAGCAAGACCGGUGGAUCUACUGGACGGACUGGCAGACCAAGUCCAUUCAGAGGGUGGACAAACACACGGGGCGUAACAAGGAAACUGUACUCGCCAACGUGGAAGGACUCAUGGACAUUAUAGUAGUUUCACCUCACAGACAGACAGGUACCAACCUGUGUGGUGUCAACAAUGGUGGCUGCACUCACCUCUGCUUUGCGAAGACCAACAGUUAUGUCUGUGCCUGUCCUGAUGAACCAGACGGAAGACCGUGCUCCACCAUUUCCGGCUAUGUUCCCACGUCUCCCGCCAAAGCCACCAGCAGCACUCCUGUCCCAAACAAUAUCCCAACAGACUCUCCACACAGAGGACCCUCGCUGGUCAAUUGCACAGAUCUGGGUGGAGAAGGCUGCUCCAGCAACGUGGUGACAGCUCCUCAUGGAGAGGGUCUUCAUAUCAGCUACAUAAUUGGUGGAGUGCUGACCAUCUUGGCUAUUCUGAUCCUCAUCGCUGCGUUGAUCAUUUACAGACACAAAAAGUCAAAGUUUGCCGACCCGGGAGUGAGCAACCUGACCUACAGUAACCCUUCAUAUCGGACGUCGACGCAGGAAGUGAAGAUAGAGGCAUCGCAAAAGCCUCCAAUAUACAACCAGCUGCGAUAUAAGAAAGAGGGGGGAGUGGACGGAGGCUACACCAAGGAAAAAAUCCGCAUUGUGGAGGGCGUGUGUCUUCUGUCCAACGAGGAGCUUUACUGGGACGACCUUAAACAGAUCAAGCCGUCCAGAGGCGGCCUGCACACCUGCAUGCGUACAGACACUGUGUCCCUGCAGGCCAGUAGUGCUUCGCUGGAUGACGGCGAAACGGAGCAGCUUCUUCAGGAGGAAGCAUCUGAAUGCUCCUCUAUAACCACCCUGACUCCUUCUGCCAUCACCCCACAACGUCACACUCAGCAUAGCCUGCCUGACACUGGCUGGGCAUCGAUGCGCAAACCGUCCACUGAGAGUGAAGUGUGAGCGGAGUCCUCUGCCCUCUAAUCUCCAUCAAACCCUCUGUCAUCUUAAACACAUGUAUUUAUAGCAGGUACAAAAACACAAAGACAACAAUCCACAUUCUCUAGGAAUAUUUAGCUCCAGUGAAGCCAACAAACAAACACACACACACACACACACACACACACACACACA